AUGGAUUUUGCCAAAGACUCCCUUUCUAAAGCCAUCACGGCAUUUGGUCUUGAUCUUUACAAUGAGAUGAACAGAGGUGAUACCUCCCAAAACAUCUUCUUCUCUCCUAUGAGUAUCUCAUGUGCCUUGAGCAUGGUUUUCAUGGGCGCUAAGGGAAGCAGUAAGACACAGAUGGGACAGGUGCUCCACCUUGAUAGAACCACGGAAGGCAGGAGAUCAGCCGCUUCUGAGAAAAGACUGCCCACAGUUGCAUCAAGACACCAAAGGGAGGUUGACUCUCACUGUCCAGUGGAAGGAGGAAUCAAUGUAUACUUCAAGAACCUCCUUUCUCAACUGAAUAACCUUGGAAAUGGUUACCUGCUGAACCUGGCAAACAGCUUGUUUGCACAAACAGGAUAUGAAUUUUUGCAGAAAUACCUUAGUGAUGUGAAGGAGAUCUACGGAGCGGCACUACAAACUGUUGAUUUCUAUAAUUCCACAGAGGAAGCUAGGCAGACAAUUAAUGCUGUGAUUGACAAACAGACACGAGGGAAGAUCAAGGAACUUUUUGCUCCGGGUGUUAUUGAACCACAAGCUGUCUUGGUGUUGGCCAACGCCAUCUAUUUUAAAGCUACUUGGCAACACCAGUUCGAUCCAGAGCUUACGACAGAAAGAGAAUUUAGGCUGAAUGAGAACGAGAGCAAAUCUGUGCCCAUGAUGCAUCAGAAAGGCAAGUUUAAGUUGGGUGAUGCGGCAGGAGCCAAUGCACAGAUUCUUUGCCUCCCAUAUUUGGGUGAAGUCUUGUCUAUGAUCAUCCUACUCCCAAAUGACAUCAGUGGUCUGCAGCAGCUUGAACAGGCCAUGAACACUGAGAAUUUUGCCCUCUGGACCGCCUCGGAAAACGUGGAGGAGAAUCACGUGGAGAUGUAUAUACCCCGGUUCAAGCUCGAAGAGGCCUUCGACCUCAACUUGGCUUUGCAAAGUCUGGGGAUGGUUGAUGUGUUCAGUGAAGCCAAAGCCAACCUUUCGGGGAUGUCUCCCUCCAGCCAACUCUACUUGUCCAAGGUGAUCCACAAAGCUUACGUGGACGUGAAUGAAGUGGGCACUGAAGCAGCUGCUGCCACAGGCGCUGUAGUUUCCAGCAGAUCUUUAGUCCAUUAUGAACCAUUUGUGGCCGAUCACCCAUUUCUCUUCUGUAUCCAGCACAACCCAACCAGCACUACCCUUUUCCUUGGCAAAUUCUGCAGUCCUUAAAGGUGAAAACAGAGUCACUACCUCAACCUUCUUUUUAAAAUGUGUCGGAUCAAAUGAGAUGUGCGGAUUAUCUGUCUUUCUUCUUGCAACGUG